AUGGAAUUGGAAGAUAUUGCAAACCAGAUAUGGAAUGAAUUGUAUUGGAGAUCUUUCUUCCAAGAGGUAAAGAAUGAUGAUUUUGGCAACGUUAAAAGUUUCAAGAUGCAUGAUCUUGUUCAUGAUCUUGCUCAAUCUAUUAUGGAAGAUGAAUGUCAUGUGAUGGAGGUUGAAAGGCCAAAUAAAAAACCAAAUAAGAUUGUUCGUCAUGUCACAUCCGUUUAUGGCUCUAAAGCAUUAGAAAAUGUUGAAUCAUUGAAGAUACUUCCCGAGUCAUUAUGCAACUUAUUGAAUUUGCAGACCUUAAACCUUAACGAGUGUGUGGAUCUUGAAAGGUUACCCAACCACAUGGGAAGCAUGAUCAAUCUCCGACAUCUAUUUAUGGAAGGCUGUGGUGAUCUAACAGAAAUAGCACCAAAAAUUGGGCAGUUAACCAACCUCAAGUCAUUAAGUAUUUUCAUUUUGGAUGGGAGGAGAGAGAUUCAUUUGGGUGAGCUGCAUGGGCUAAACCUAGGAGGAAAAUUAUAUAUUAAGCAUCUGGAGAGGGUGGAGAAUUGGGUGGAUGCAAGAGAAGCAGCAAACUUAGCCCAGAAAAAAAACCUCUACAGCUUGCGUUUGGGUUGGAAUAUUGGAAGUGAAUCAGAAAAUGGUGAACGGGUACUAGAUGCUCUUAAACCUCACCCAAAUCUUAAAGAGUUGAUCAUACAACAUUAUCCAGGUACCUCUUUCCCACGCUGGAUGAGUGAUCUAGUACUGCUUCAAAAUUUAGUUAGAGUUUCACUUGAUGGUUGCAAAAAUUGUCAAAGUGUUCCACCAUAUAGUCAAUUGCGUUGGUUGAAACAUCUUGAGAUUUCUCGCAUGCUAUGUUUGGAAAGGUUGUCAAGAGAGGAAGAAAAAGACGUAUUCCCUUGUCUUUCCCAAUUGAUUAUUUAUGAUUGCCCUAAGUUGACAUUUAUGCCAUGCCUUCCGUCACUCAAAGAUUUACAAGUACAUGGAGGCAGUGAUGUCUUAUUGAGUUCGAUCUCAAACCUCAGUGCUCUUGAGAUUUCUCGCAUGCCAUGUUUGGAAAGGUUGUCAAGAGAGGAAGAAAAAGAUGUACUCCCUUGUCUUUCCCGAUUGAGUAUUUAUGAUUGCCCUAAGUUGACAUUAAUGUCAUGCCUUCCAUCACUCAAAGAUUUAGUUGUUGUUAGAUGCAGUGAUGUCUCAUUGAGUUCGAUCUCAAACCUCAGUGCUCUUGAGUCACUAAAUAUCUGGAGUUGUGAUGAGAUUGAGUCAUUACCGGAACAAGGAUUUCAAGGCCUCAACUCUCUCCGUUCUUUAGAACUUAAUUACUGUAGAAAGUUGAAGUCCUUGUCUGAGGGACUGCAACACCUCAAAGCCCUUGAGAAUUUGACUCUUCAUGGAUUCCGGGAGCUCGUUUCUCUGCCGGAGGGUAUUAAACACCUCCAUUCUCCCUUGGAUACUUUGAGAAUAUCCUCGGCUCGUCUGACCUUCUGUCCAGAUCUCCAUACUCGUAUGUGGACAUUGAUGGACGAUAAGGAGGAUCGUAAGAUCGUUCCUCUGUGA